AUGAAAAUCAUUUUUAUUCCUUUUUUAUUUUGGACAUCAACUGUUCUAGCAGAUGCUGGAGAUGACACACUUUUUCUUGCUUGUUUAAAUCUAGUCGGUCCAUAUAAUUAUGCUUGUGACGGUAGAGACAUACUUUCUGAUGAAAACACUGCCAGUCCAUGUGAUUGUUAUAGCCCUGCUUUUCUGGCAACUUAUGUUGACUGUGUUAACAAUGUUCAAAAAGGAAACCAAAAAAGGGCUCUUGAAAGUCUUAUUAUUAAUUGUGCGGAUUCAAAUACCCGCAAUGAUCUUACUUCCGAAUAUCUUAAAGAAAUCUAUCUGAAUGAAACAAACAAUUUCAUUAAUUUUACAACAUACGAUAAUCAAACAGAAACUUUUAAUCCUCUUCGGUUUUCUAUAGAUGAUAUCAAUUUGUAUUAUCGUUCAUAUAGUUCCGAUGCAUAUUCACUUUAUUCCAGUCAGCUUUAUGGUGGUCUCAUGAACGCUUACUUUGCUGGGGUUCUGGCGAUAGCUACAAUCUCCAAUUUGUUGCGACACUGCACACCAGGGUUUAUCCAUUCCAUUUCUCAAUAUCGAACUGUACUUUGGGGAUGGGUUCUAGCAGGCUACAUUUGCAUGUUUAUUAUUUUUAUGUUUAUCAAGUAUGAUAUUUUUGAAGGUGAUGUUCUUUAUUCGACAAAAAGAGAGGAGCUACUUCAAUUUGUUGCAGAGCGAAGUGGAAUUAUUGCUGUAACUCAAUUUCCACUUCUUUUUCUAUUCGCUGGUCGUAACAAUUUUUUACUCUGGGUAACAGGACUUUCUUAUGAUACAAUGAAUGUGUAUCACCGAUGGAUUGCUAGAGUCAUAGCUGUUGCAUCUUUCAUUCAUGCUGUCUGCUUUAGUUUGUGCUAUCAAGACCAAGGAAACUAUCCUGGGUUUUUUGAAGAAGAUUAUGUAAGAUGUGGUGUAGCUGCGAUUGUUGCGGUAUUCCUUCUUAUUUUUUUCUCGCUCCGUCAUUUUCGCGAACGCGUGUAUGAAGUAUUUCUUACCCUUCACUGGGCAUUUGGUAUCGCAUUUACAGUUGCCAUAUGGAGUCACUUAGACGAAGUUGGGUAUAGCGAAUGGUUAUAUGCAGCUGUUGGGGUAUGGGCUUUUGAUCGCGCUUUACGUUUACUUAAAAUUGCCCUGAACGGAGUAAAGGCACACGCUAAUGCUGAACUCCAUCCACAAAACCUUAUCAAAAUGAAAAUCAGAUACAAAAAUCUUUGGAGGCCUAAAGCAGGAACCUACGUUUUUGUGCAUUUUCUUAACAUGUGGGGUUUUUGGGAAAGCCAUCCUUUUAGUGUUUAUCCAUCAUUUGUUGAAGGGGAACAAGGCAUCUUAGUUUUGUGUAUGCGUGUCCGCAAAGGUAAAACCCGGGAGAUUGAAAAGUAUCUUGAGAAACAGCAAUACGGUUUUAAAAUUCUUCCUGUGUUUAUUGACGGGCCUUAUGGAAACUCCUUUCCAAUUCAAAAUUCUGAAUCAAUUGUUUUUAUUUCUGGCGGGAUUGGUUUUACAGCUAUGUACUCAUAUGCGUGUAAUCUAAAGAACCUCCAUCAGAAGGAACAAACCACUUUUAUUUGGGUUAUUCGAAAUAGAGAAAACAUUGAAACAUUCAAAGAGGAGCUAGCUUAUCUGACAAAUAACGGCAAUUUUAAUCUAGUACUUUACAUCACUAACGAAUCAGUUAGUUUACAAAACCUAAACAUCCAUGAAAUUGAGACCAGUGGUAUCAGCGACAAAGGAGGUGAAGAAAAUACUGGUGAUUUAACUCAAAAAAGAUUUCAAAUUAAUUUUGGAAGACCAAAUAUUGAAUCUAUUAUGAGCAACGCUAUUGCAGAAGCACCAGGUAGUAUUGGAUUUGCCGUUUGCGGGCCAGAAAGAAUGAAUGACGAUGUGCGAUUUUAUGGAACUAAGUAUAUGGGCAUGGGUAAGGGCUGCGUCGAUGUCUAUAUAGAGGCAUUCAAUUGGUAA